CGUCGCAAUCAUGGCAAUGAUAUCAGAAUAUGAUGGCAUGCAAGAAAAAUGUUAGAGUUUCUGGGCGAAAGAAGGAAUUAAUCGAAAGAUUCACCACAACGAUGCACUUCAAGGUUUUAAUGUGCCUGGGGUUUCUGGCCGUCGGUGUUCGCCAAGCUCUGUGUGCCCUCGGUGGACAAGCAUGUACGAUCCCUUCUUCAGGUAACCCCGGGGCGUCUACCUUAUGUACCGGAACAGCCAACGGCUUCUGUUUGAUUGACACCCUUACCGUCACAGGUAGCCCCGUCUCAGCUGUCGCUUCCACAGGAGUAUGUGUCUGUUACUAUGGAUACAGUGGACCUGCUUGUGCCACUUAUUCAGAUCCAUCAGCAUCAUCAAGCAACACAUCUAACGCCCUUGGGGCUCUGGCGCUAGGGGGUAUUGGCGCUUAUUUCUUGAGUCAGCUCGGAGGUGGUGGAUCACAAACCCCACUAGGCAUUGGUGCAGGACCGCAAGCAGCCCAAGAUGCCCUUUACCUUCAACAAUCCGUGAACCCGGGAUUCGGCAAAUAAAGAUUUUAUGAACUGUUGAAGACGCAAGUGAUUGCUGAUAGAAAGUAAAUAUUGUUUGUCGUUAGAUUCAGUGUUAAAAUAUGAAAUGGCAAUGUAGAGCCUUGUGUUGCCUUGUGUAAACCUUAAUGAAGAGUGUAUCCAUGAUCUUAUGUAUGUGAUCUUAAUUACUACUAGCAUGAUAAUAUAAUAAAGGGAAUAUGAAAAUUA